UCCGGCCCCCCUGGGCUGGCUUUACACUCGCCUCCCCCUGCAGGCAACAAGGAGCGCGGCUGGAACGACCCGCCGCAGUUCUCCUAUGGGCUGCAGACCCAGGCCGGCGGACCCAAGCGCACCCCGCUGACCAAGAGGGUCGCCGCUCCCCAGGAUGGAGCCCCCAGAGUCCCCACCUCAGAGACUUCUCCUGGGCCCUCCCCAAUGGGGCCUCCACCUCCUUCAAGUACAGCUUCUAGGCCCCCAGCUGUGGGGAGUUGUCCUGCCUCCACUGUGGAUCCCAUAGAUUUUCCAGUCACUGAGUGUGAGACUCUGCUGGAAGAUGUGCUGAGACCUUUGGAACAGGCAUUGGAUGAUUGUCGUGGCCACACGAAGAAGCAGGUAUGUGAUGACAUCAGCCGACGCCUGGCUCUGCUGCAAGAACAGUGGGCUGGAGGGAAGCUGUCAACGCCUGUAAAGAAGAGGAUGGCUCUGCUGGUGCAAGAGCUUUCAAGGCACCAGUGGGAUGCAGCAGAUGACAUCCACCGCUCACUCAUGGUUGACCAUGUGACUGAAGUCAGUCAGUGGAUGGUGGGAGUUAAAAGAUUAAUUGCAGAAAAGAGGAGUCUGUCUUCAGAGGAGGAGGCUAAUGAAGAGAAAGCUGCAGCCACAUCUGAGAACCAGACCGUACCAGAACAGGAUCCAUAAUCCUGUGGGUUCCCCAGACUCACCUCGCACCAUCUCCUAUGCCUUGGCGUGGGAGGCCUUGUCUCACUUGGCGCCCUCAGCACUUGGGAGACUGUCUGCCCUGUUGGGUUCCCUUGGCCUGACCCACCUCUGGGGGAAGAGGUCCCAUCUAGGCCACAGCGUGGUCACUUGUCUUCUCUAACAUAUGUUUCAAUAAAAACAUCUCAGUGUGGCCCCUGGUUAGGAGAGAAACCC